GCAGCUUCCGGUGUCCUUCCCGGCGGGGCGCGCGGCACGGCGCGGCCAUGGCGCAGAGCCUGAAGGACCUGGCGGGGCGGCUGCCGGCUGGGCCGCGUGGCGUCGGCACCGCCCUCAAGCUGCUGCUGGGCGCCGGCGCCCUGGCCUAUGGAGUCCGCGAGUCCGUUUUCAUCGUGGAAGGUGGGCAGCGGGCCAUCUUCUUCAACCGCAUUGGCGGCGUGCAGCAGGACACUAUCCUUGCUGAAGGGCUGCACUUCAGGAUUCCCUGGUUCCAGUACCCCAUCAUCUAUGAUAUCCGUGCCCGGCCGCGGAAAAUUUCCUCCCCCACAGGCUCCAAAGACCUGCAGAUGGUGAACAUCUCACUGCGCGUCCUCACCCGCCCCAAUGCCGCAGAGCUGCCCAGCAUGUACCAGCGCCUGGGCCUGGACUACGAGGAGCGGGUCCUGCCCUCCAUCGUCAACGAGGUGCUCAAGAGCGUGGUGGCCAAAUUCAAUGCCUCGCAGCUCAUCACACAGAGAGCCCAGGUGUCUCUGCUCAUUAGGCGAGAACUCACAGAGAGAGCCAAGGAUUUCAGCCUCAUCCUGGAUGAUGUGGCUAUCACAGAGCUGAGUUUCAGUCGUGAAUACACAGCGGCUGUGGAGGCCAAGCAAGUGGCUCAGCAGGAGGCACAGCGUGCACAGUUCCUGGUGGAGAAGGCCAAGCAGGAGCAGAAGCAGAAGAUUGUUCAGGCUGAAGGAGAAGCUACAGCUGCUAAGAUGCUCGGUGAAGCUCUGAGCAGGAAUCCAGGCUACAUCAAACUACGUAAGAUACGAGCUGCUCAGAACAUCUCAAAAACGAUUGCUGGCUCACAAAACCGUGUGUAUCUCACAGCAGAUAACUUGGUACUGAACCUGCAGGAUGAGGGCUUUACCAGAGGAAGGUAGGACGCUCAACUUUAUUUUGAUCCUUUUGUUAGUAUUUGAAACAAGGAUAUUGAUGUGUUGGUAUUUGGCCUGGGUGUUGCUUUUCUUGGGCAUUUCUGGCUACCAGUUCAUUUUGUUUCUACCUCAGUUCCCAUUUGUGAUAUGAAGUUUGAAGCCUUUCCUUGCAGGGGCCAUACAAACAUCUACGUCAAGUGGGAGAUGUGCGUGUGUCUUGGAACCUUGCAUGGGGAAGACAGGAAUGAUAAUCUGAGGACUGUCCUCUAAUCUGUCCCACCUGUAUUGGACAUCCUGCUGUUAAAACAGAGGGCUCUAUGGAGGCACUUAGAUGGUUGUAGUAUAUUGGGUUGAUUUGGUGUAAUGAUCUCUUGAAAAGAUGUUCUCAUCACUCUCCAAAAGCCUUCCAGUCCAUGUUAGAAAACCUCAUUCUCCGCUUUCAGAGCCAGACAGAAUUUUAUGGUUUUAGCCUCAUUUGUCCAGUGUUAACUGGAAGAGACAGAGCAGAGCCAGUUGAGUUAGUAGUGUCUGGCUAAAAGCUUAGAAUCGAGAAAAGAAACAAGAGCUGGUUUAUCUUCUAUGCUCUCUCUGAUCACCUUUGUGCCUGUUUGGCCAGAUUCUACCUUAUUUGUCCCAGCAGGCUUAAGGGGGUUCAAAAAAAGGUCUUCAAAGGACUUGAAGUCCACAUUGUUGGAGUGUGACACUUCAUGCUCCCAAGUCAGUAGUAAGGGUCUGGCUCAGCUUUGCCUGUGAUUUCUGGGCUGAUUACUCACUUCUAUCUCCCUCGCAGUGACAGUCUUCUACUCAAACAAGGGAAGAAAUGAAAGAACUGAAGGCUUCUAGAACCGCCAGCGCUGACCAGCAGAAGAUGGGAGUGAGGAGCUUGGAAUUUCCUGCACAUUAGCUUUGUUUGACCUCACUUUGAAAUUGUUACACCUGUAACCAGAUUUGGUUUCCAUGCCCCGGCUCCAUCUGUAGUGACCCAGCUGUAGGAUUGGGUUCUACCACAUCACAGCUAUAAUUCCUUCUUCACCUCACCAGUUAAAUCUGGGGAGGGAGCAAGGGGACUUAGUGAUAAAACUAACCUACGUGGAUGUAGUAAUUCAUCUCUGAUCAUCAUUAAUCUUAGAUAUCUGUAAGGUAAAAUCAGACCUGUUUUUUAUUUUUGGUCAAGUGAGGGAGUUCUGCUGCCAUCAGCACAAAAUCUUUUUGUAAUAAAUUUGGAUCCCAGUACUGAAUUCAGGAAAAUACCAUUCAUUGGGUGCCUAUCAACUGCUGGAAUAUUUAUCACUGUGUGCUCAGUGAUUCUUUCAAACAUUUGUAAAAAUUAAAAAUCUCAAAAUUUA